CACUUGGUUCUAGGAUAUUUUUACGACUUUUUAAAUUAAAAUUACAAUUGUUUUUCAGUACUAUUUUCAUUGAGAGUUAAAAGUAAAGUAUAAAAAUUCAAUAGUAUUCAUCAUGGAGUGUACUGAAAAGAUGAAACUGGAGUUUAUUUCAAGAUUCUUAAAAAGCAUAAAUCGAUGCUUAGUGCCAAAACUAGCAAAAAAUUAUGAUGAAGGUAUCGAACACUUUGAAUUUGAACUACGAAAUAAAAAUAUGGAUAAAAACUUCCAACUAUUUGUUGAGAGCUUCGGAGAUAUAACAAAAGAUGACUUUGAGAAAAAUCCGGCUAUAGUCUCGAAUAUGGUCAACUUGUAUAAAGAAUUGAGCUGUGAUUGCCCGUGGAACAAAUCUAAGGCUAAAGAUGUUGCUAAGGAAAUGAACACAUUCUUUGAAGUUAUUACUACCGUAAAUUUAGAUGCCGUAUUUCGUAAGAAUGAUGUGUUCAAUUCCCAAAUUAUUUUUGAUAAAUGUUUAGAAGACCUUCAUUCAAAAAUAACUUACGAAACUUUAAAGAUGUACCCUGCACAAAUUGAGGUCUAUAUGUCCAUAAUAGCGGAUUUACAGGAGUAUGAUGUUGAAUUGAUGCCCUCAAAACUAUUUCCAAUCACUCUCCUUCUGAUUGAAGACUAUACAGUUACUAAUAAGAAGAAAGGGCUCCAGUCCUGUUCAGUUUUAUUACAAUCUCUGAAACCAAAAGAUUUCCAAAAUGGUAACUACUAUGAAGUAAUUUACCGAAGUCUGAAAAAGAACCUUGUGGAGAGAGACAUGGAUAUAGUCAAGUUAACACACAUUUGUCUUUUGGCUCUUCUAAAAAUUGUACCUGAUAGUGGAAAGAGAAACAUCUUGGAUGAGUUAUACACAACCACACUGGAUCAGCUCUUGACAGACUCAAAUUUGUACAAAAAGGCUGCUCUGUUUAAUUUUGCUACUUCAAUAAUACAAUGGCACAAAGACAAUUGUGCUAAUAUAAAGAUAUUUAAACAAAUUAUAUGUGACAAUUUGGAUAUAUGCACUAAUGAUGCUGUGUCUGGAAUCAUUUUAAGCCCACUUUUAAAGUGUUUGGAGAAAUGGAUAACAUUCUGCUGGCCUGUUUGGAAGUUCAAUACAGAUCAUAAAAUGUUAUCUGCACUGUUCAAAGUUUUGUACAUUUGCAAAGAAGAUCAUUUAGUGAAACAGACACAUAAAUUAAUCGUUACAUUUAUUUGUUUGUGUAAUAAUUCUGAACAAAAACUUAUUAUAUCUAACCUUGACAAGGAAAGAGAUGUAGAAUGUACUGUUUAUAGGGAGAAAAUAAAAAAUAUAAAAGCUGAUCUUAAAAUAUAAAAUAUCUGUUUUAUUUGUAAAUAAUAUAAACUUAACAUAAUAUAUGAUUACCUUAAA